CUACAAUUUGCUAGGGAUAUCGCUAGUGGAAUGGAAUAUCUAUCAGAAUGCAAGUUUAUUCAUAGGGAUUUAGCAUCAAGGAAUAUAUUACUAAACUCUUCUAAAAUUUGCAAAAUUGGCGAUUUCGGUAUGGCUAGGAAUAUAUUCGAGAAUGAUAUCUACUCAUCAUCAGGCGGGAAGGUUCCGAUAAAAUGGACUUCACCAGAGGCGAUAACUACGAAGAAAUACAGCGUUGCCAGUGAUGUAUGGAGCUAUGGAAUUCUACUUUGGGAAAUAUGGUCAUACGGUCUGAACCCAUAUCCAGGAUGGGAUAAUACUAGGGUCGUAGAAGAAGUCUUGAAAGGGUAUAGACUACCACCGGCUGAAGGGUGUCCUAGGAAGAUCAAUAGCAUGAUAGAAAGAUGCUGGUAA